UUCCACUUUUUUCCAUUUCAAGUUUCACUUAUGAUAUUUGAAUAGUUUAGUCGUCUCUUUCCCUGGGCAGCUGAUUUCGUCAUCCCAAAGAUUCAGCCCAAGUCAAACUCGGAGCUCGAACUCAAUCACACACAGAGAAACACAAUUGAUUUCCCUUUCCACUAAACUAUUUAAACAAGAAACUAUUUACUUUCUGUGAAUUUCUCUUUCGGCACUCUCUGCAACUGCAAUCAUGACCUCGCUUGUGCAAGGCUUUUCCAAGUCUUUGGCUAUGACUGUGCUAUCGGAGAUUGGCGACAAGACGUUCUUCGCUGCCGCGAUCUUGGCAAUGCGCCAUCCCAGGAAACUUGUCUUGUUAGGAUGCCUGGCAGCUUUAAUUGUGAUGACUAUUCUUUCUGCUGUUGUUGGCUGGGCAGCUCCAAAUCUUAUUUCUAGGAAAUGGACACAUCACAUUACGACUGUGCUUUUCUUUGGAUUUGGCCUGUGGUCUUUAUGGGAUGGAUUUAUGGAGGAUGGGGAGGCUGAAGAAUUGGCUGAAGUUGAAGCAAAACUGGAUGCUGACUGGAAGGCAAACCCAGGAACAGUCAAAGGGGGGAAUAAGGCUGAUGAUGAUUCAAAAAAGGAGAGGCAGCCAUUUCUCACACAGUUCUUCUCUCCCAUAUUUCUGAAGGCAUUUUCCAUCACAUUCUUUGGUGAAUGGGGCGACAAGAGCCAGCUUGCUACCAUUGGUUUGGCUGCAGAUGAGAAUCCAUUUGGUGUGGUUCUUGGUGGAAUUUUAGGACAAGCACUGUGCACCACUGCUGCUGUACUUGGAGGAAAGAGCCUGGCGUGUCAGAUAUCUGAGAAAAUUGUUGCACUCUCAGGUGGAGUUCUUUUCAUUGUUUUUGGAUUCCAAUCCCUCCUCUCAACAGUUGAGUCUUGACGACUUACUAAUGGUUAGUUCUGAUUUUUCCAUCAAGAAAAUUGUUCACUAGAGUUGGGGUACUCCGUUGGGGAGGAGUUGGAUUGCUAUGAAUUCUUUAAUGUUUCACAUAAAACAGGCGAAGAUCCUAAAUCCAAAUUGACCCGCUGUUUUGUUAGUACAUUUAUAAUUAUUCAUACCUGUCUGUCAUCUUCUCAGUUCAGGCACAGUGCUGUGUCUUACAGUCAUUAUUAGAUAGGCAAGAAAACGCUUCAUCUAUGUUCAUAUCUUGCACUCAAAGGCAUGUGAGGCCGUUAGAAAUGAAUAGUAUUUGUUUUGGAAUAAGUGUUUUUGCCUGCAGUCAAAUGCAUACAUGUGCUGCAUAUAGUCUGUAAUGGAUACUUUUGCUUUGUGCUUAUUUCAUCAGGGAUCAUAAACUUUACAUGUUUGA